AGGAAGCAACGGCAAGAAGGAAGUGCUGAGCGGUUUCCACGUGGUGCUGGAAGACACGCUGCUUUUCCCCGAGGGCGGGGGACAGCAGGUAUUUAUCAACAAAUAGUUAUCUGUCCGUAACAAAUGCUGGGUACUAAUUCAAGCUCUAAGGAUAAAAGCUGAACAAGAAAGUGUCGCUGCAUACGUAGAAUAUUUAUUGGAGAAAACAGACAAAAAGUAGCAGUGUAGAAGAUAGAGUGGAAGAAGGGAGAAAAAUUCAGCCUGAUGACCGUGGUACGAUCAAUGACAUCUCUGUGCUGAGAGUGACCCGCCGGGGCGCCCAGGCUGAUCAUUUCACCCAGACACCUCUGACCCCUGGGACUGAGGUACAGGUCCGGGUGGACUGGGAACGGAGGUUUGACCACAUGCAGCAGCAUUCAGGGCAGCAUCUCAUCACUGCGGUUGCUGAUCAUCUGUUUGGGCUGAAGACAACAUCAUGGGAGUUAGGGCGACUCCGGAGUGUCAUCGAGCUGGACAGCCCCUCUGUGACUGCAGAGCAAGUAGCUGCCAUCGAGCAGAGCGUCAAUGAAAAAAUCAGAGAUCGGCUGCCUGUGUAUGUGCGAGAACUGAGCCUGGAUGAUCCCGGUGUGGAGCAGGUGAGGGGCCGGGGUUUGCCGGAUGAUCAUGCUGGGCCUGUUCGAGUUGUUACCAUCAAGAGCGUUGAUUCCAACAUGUGCUGUGGGACCCACGUGAACAAUCUCAGUGACCUUCAGGUCAUUAAAAUCCUGGGCUCUGAGAAGGGGAAAAAGAACAAAACCAACGUGACCUUUCUGGCUGGGAACCGGGUGCUGAAGUGGAUGGAGAAGAGUCACAGCACUGAGAAAGCACUGACAGCUCUGCUGAAGUGUGGAGCAGAGGAUCACGUGGAAGCAGUGAAAAAGCUACAGAGCUCCAGCAAGCUCCUGCAGAAGAACAACCUGAAUCUGCUCAGAGACCUGGCUGUGCACAUUGCCCACAGCCUCAGGAACAGCCCAGACUGGGGAGGUGUGGUCACAUUACACAGGAAGGAGGGUGAUUCUGAGUUCAUGAAUAUCAUCGCCAAUGAGAUUGGGUCAGAGGAGACCCUCCUGUUCCUAACUGUGGGCGAAGAGAAAGGUGCUGGACUCUUCUUACUGGCAGGGCCAGCUGAGGCUGUGGAGACCCUGGCGCCCAGGGUGGCUGAGAUGCUAGAAGGCAAGGGAGCGGGGAAGAAAGGCCGCUUUCAGGGCAAGGCCACCAAGAUGAGCCGUCGGGCAGAGGUACAGGCGCUUCUCCAGGACUACGUCAGCACGCAGAGUGCAGAGGAGUGAGGGCUCGGGUGCCUCCCUGGUUGUCCGUUGACAGCCGGCCUCCUGUGACCACAGAAGGAGUCUCUUGGACAAUAAAAUAGUUUGACUUGAAA